GAACGAUCCUUAUGGUGUUCUCUGUAGGAGGGAAAGUUAAAAAGAAUAGUCAAUAUAGGCGAUUCCAUACGUGUCGUACGGGACAUUUCGACAAUUUCUAGUCUAUUAGCUGAUUGCUUGAGCAAUAAGAAUUUAUUUUUGGUAAAUAAUAAAGUUAAUAGUUGGUAGUCAUGUGAAAAGCUAAUUACCAACAAAAAAAGUUUGAUAAUUGGUGAUUUAACGGUGAAAAUAUUGUGUGUCGUACGGGACUCAGAAAUGUCCCAUACGACACACAACACUUUCACCUCUAACAUGUCUAAUUCACCAAUGGACAGCAUAUAUUUGUUGGUUGUCAUUUUUUUCAUGACUACCCAGUAGUACUUAUUUAUAAACAUCACAAAACAAGUUGAAGUUCCACGUUUGUUUGGACAGUAGGUUGAAAAGUGUUGCGAAAAUGGCUGAUUUUUGUCUCACCUACAAAGCAUAGUGAGACUAUAUAGGCGCCGCUUUUCCGACGACUGCGGCGGCGUCAAUAUUAAAUCUUAACCGAAGGUUACGUUUUUUAAAUGACAGCAUAACUUAAAAAUAUAUGGACCUAGUUCAUGAAACUUGAACAUAAGAUUAAUCAAGUAUUACUAAUUAUCCUGCCUGAGUUUCAAGUCACAUGAUCAAGGUCAAAGGUCAUUUAGGGUCAAUGAACUUUGACCAAGUUGGUUUCUUUUAUUGAAUUACCAUCAUAACUUUGAAAGUUUAUGGAUCUGAUUAAUAUAACUUGGACAUAAGAGUAAUCAAGUAUCACUAAAUAUCCUGUGCGAGUUUCAGGCCACAUGAUCAAAGUCAAAGGUCAUUUAAGGUCAAUGAUCUUUGGCCAAGUUGGGGAUAUUCGUUGAAUUACCAUCAUCUUCGAAAGUUUAUGGAUCUGAUUCAUGAAACUUGGACAUAAGAGUAAUUACGUACCACUGAACAUCCUGUGCGAGUUUCAGGUCACAUGACUAAGGUCAAAGGUCAUUUAAGGUCAAUGAUCUUUGGCCAUGUUGGAGGUAAUUAUUAAAUUGCUGUCAUAACUUUCAAAGUUUAUGGAUAUAGUUUAUGAAAUGUGGACAUAGGGGUAAUCAAGUAUCACUGACAGGUCUUAGGUCACACGAUCAAGGUCAAAUAUCAUUUAGGGUCAAUGAACGUAGUAUUGUAUCAUUAUAAUUAUGUAUGGUGUUUUUUGUGAACAAUUAUUUUAUAGUAGUUUUCAAAGUCAGCACUGCUGCUAUAUUGAAUCGCGCAAUGCAGGUGAGACUGCCAGAGGCGCUCCACUUGUUCUAGCAUGGAAUCGCCCAUAUUAUGAUUAAAGUAGACACACAUUGAAAACUGAUUUAGACUAAAUUUGGUAUAGAUUGUCGGGAAAUUGCAUCUAAAAGCGACUAAAUAGAUGAAUGCUUUUAAACCUAGUUAGUUCUUGAAAUCAGCUAUAGAAAGGAACCCAAAUCUUCCUUCCAAGUUUCGGGAAGAAUUGGUUGAAAAGCUACCAAGACAUGUCAAGACCAAGUAAUUUUAAUAAACAUUAUUAAGAAAAAUGAAUCAUGGUGAGCUGAUCAAACGACCAAGUAAUUUCGUACGAUUAUACGUUCAUUUGUUACUGCAGUGCGUGUAUGAGUGUCAGGCAUGAUGUGAUGUAUGAACUGAAGACUAACGACGCAAGCUUCAUGAGCAGCCUUGUACGCAUGCGCGAGAGAGAGCAAGAUGGCGUAACAUUAAAUGGCAGACACUACUCUACAUCGCUGUGCUAUUAUCUCAUUAUUAUGUAUCCCUUUAAGAACCACAACACGAGAACAUAACAAUUUGGCGACGAGGAUGCAGGGAUAAACAUGAGAGUAUAGAUUCCCUUGUAAAAAAGUACUGCGAUUACCGCGGUACUACUGCGGUACUACCACAGUACUACUGCGGUACAAUUGAAGUACUUGUAGUACCGCGGUACUACCGCGGUACUACCGUGGUACUUAUGCAGUAGUACCGCAGUACAAUUGAAGUACUUGUAGAACCGUGGUACUAUCGUGGUACUACCGUGGUACUUAUGCAGUAGUACCGCAGUACAAUUGAAGUACUUGUAGAACCGUGGUACUAUCGUGGUACUACCGUGGUACUUCCGUGGUACUUAUGCAGUAGUACCGCAGUACAAUUGAAGUACUUGUAGAACCGUGGUACUAUCGUGGUACUACCGUGGUACUCUUGCAAUAGUAACGCGGUACAAUUGAAGUACGUACUUGUAGAACCGUGGUACUAUCGUGGUACUACCGUGGUACUACCGUGGUACUCCUAAUCACUAAAUAUGGCUCAGAAUAUGCUUAUUAUCUGUAUCAACAUCCAUUUUUACUAAAUAAACUGGUUUUUAACAUUACAAAUUGUGAUAGCCAACAAAUUCCUCAUGUAUUUCUUGGUUUUUAAUUUCUUAUGUAUUUGUUUGAUAUUAUAUUUUUUUUGUUUUUCUUUUUAUGGAAAAAAUAUUGAACAUUAUUCAACAACUUUUAGCCCCAAAUCAAAUGAUUGCAGUGAUGAAAAAGAAAAAUAAUGAGGGUUUUGACUAUUCUUUGAAAAAAAAAACAAUUCCCACAGGAUUUGUACACAAAUCACAAAAAUCAUGCGAUGUAAUAUGUACGCGAUUGUUUGACAAUCGUGAUCACCUGAAGGACGCAUGCGCGUAUCUCGAAAAAUCACGUGACGCGCGUGCACCUUUUUUAUUGGAUCGUAGAAAGGCGCGCGCGAUCGUCCAUUUUUCAUUCAAGAUCUCAGCCUCACUAUGCCGACACCAGCUUCAGACGAGUUCUUCUGUCUUUUUGAAUUUGAAAGCGAUGACAGCGUCGAAAUUGGACCAUUUUCUUGGAUAUUAGACACGGACAAGGAUGUGGAUCCUGAAAGCUAUGUCGAUCAAGCUGUUGAAGUUAUGUGGGUCAGUGGCAGCAAAACGGAGAAGUAUCGAGCAACAGUGUUGGCUGUAAAUAAGAUCCAAGGAUAAUCUCAUCAGAAAAAGGAACAAGAUGUGUGACGGGCAAUCAAUGGAGACUGAUAAGGAAACUGGGAGAGGGAAGAGAAAGAAGAAACCAACACGCACAUACAUGUAUUCAUCUUCGGAGUUGGAGACGGAUGAUGAGGAGCCUCAACCAAAAGAAAACAAAGAAAUCAAAAUCAAAAAUUUCACAGUGCAAUGAGAUGGCCAGGGAUCUCAGGAAGCAAAUGUUUGGUGCCAAUGAAACGAAAAAAUCAAAUGGACGUACGGCAACGGGAAGUGGAACAAGUGGUGAGAUAAUUGACCUGAAAAAGCAGUUGGAGAAAUCAAGGAGAGAGACUGAGGAUCUGCAGGUGAAGCUGACUAAGGAGAAGGCAGUUAGGGAAAAGAUACAGCAACAGCUGUUGUUUUUGCAAGGAGUGCCUAAAUUCAUCGAAACCUUUAAAGGGUUCAUAGUGGAUAUGGAGGAGAUGUCGAGACUCAAGGCUGAUCAUGAAGAGAUGCACUGUCCAUCAGGAGGGUCAUCUACAUCAUCCUCGCCCGCUCGUUCCUCGCCCGCUCGUUCCUCCACCCAGUCCUCCACCCAAUCCUCGCCAUCAUCAGCACGACCACAGUCCCAACAGAUUGCCCUUGGAUCGAAGGUCUCUCUUAGUCGAAACGUCCUCGACAGGUGCAACGCUGGUGAUUUUCGCAAGUACACCUGCGAUUUGAUGCUGGCGGUGUUCGGCAGGCCUACCCUACUGACCUCGUCACUGACUGGUGCGAAGAAUGUGGCAGGUCGCGCAAAGCCACCUCUGGACAGUGACAAGCUUCAGGGGAUAAUUAGUCAUGUCAAGUCAAAGUUCCCAGGAGUGUCAUCAUCGGAAAUCCGCAUCGUUAUGCGGAACAAAGUUGGCAACGAAAUUAAGUUGGCCAAACGUAGAUCUCAACCGAAAGAGAACCAAGCCAAAGAAAACCAAGCCAAAGAAUUAAACCAAGAACCACAAGAUGAGACCGAAUGAAGCACUUUGUCAAGAUGACUAAUUAAUUAAUAAUGAGCUAAGUCUUGUUACUUACUAAUUAUCCCCUGUUCACUGUCCAGAGGAGGCAAAUUUGCGCGACCUGCCACAUUCUUCGCACCAUUCAGUGACGAGGUCAGUAACAUGGGCCUGCCGAACACUGCCAGCAUCAGAGGACUUAACAAGCACAUGCAUAUUCUGUUCCAAAUAUAAUUUAGUAUGAUCAUCAUGAUGCGACCUAUCCGAGUAUGCCAUGUUUGGUACGUUUCUGGCACUUCUGAAUCGCCCGUCGCUCCUGUGUAUUUUUUUGGUUGAUUGGAAUAUGUUUUAGACCACAGGCAUUGCUAUAAUGCUUGCUACAGACCAACAUUAAAAAAAAUAAUAAUAAUGUUUUAAUAGGGGCCAGAAUUAUCCUUAUCUGAUAUAUUAAAGGUGCUCCUGCAUCGUUUAUCAUACACACAGUGCCAUCUUGCGCACAAACUAGCCUAGUUCAAAAUGGCGAUCUGUAGCGUAGCAUCCCAACGCUUGAUGAUCUUUAACAUUUCACCUGUUUCUAAAGCUAUUUUGAUAAAAAGCUCUUCAUGGGCCAUCACAUCAAUUCUAGGCAUGUAUUGUGUUUUCCGUCCAGCUGGUACUAAUAUAUUAAAUUUUAUGUUUUGGCAUGUGGAUAUCAAAUGACAGUGCGCACGCAUCAAUCAGUGUUCUUUGUUGGCACCCUUCUAAACAAAUAAGUGUCAAGAACUUUCUUGUUGAGUAAAUUUUGAUCUGAUAAGGAAACAAUUUGAGAUUUUUUUGUGCAAAAAAUGGCAUUUAUAUAUGAUCUACGGAUAAAAGCCCAAAUUCACCUUGAAGAAUGGAAUCAAAUCAGACUAACAAGAAACUACGUCUCUUGGAAGACAUCAAAAUUUAUAUGGGGAACCUAAAUUGCCUCAAACAUGCAUUAAAAUUUGAGACAUUUGGUAUUGUUAAUCUGGUCUUUAAACAAAAGCGAAUGGAAUUAAAAUUGCUUUUGUUAUGAUUUUGAAUGACGGGAAUAUACCAAAUUAUUUCAUGUUCCUGAUUGUUCCGUACUCUAUUUGCCAAAGAUAUUGCUGAAAUGUAUUCAUUGUGUGCUGAAAAAUAACUUUGAUAAUGUGUAUGCGUUUGACGCCAUUUAUUUAAGUGGCAAAUUUCCUCUCGUCCUUUAAAAACUUUGCCUUGUGCCAAAUAACAAAGUAUGCUCAUGUAACAUUUUAAAGGCAUUGUCUUCUAUAUGUGUACACAAUAUAUUUACCCUACUUAUUUGUUGUGUAAGGUCACAUUGAUAAAGUGCUGUAACAAAUAUUGUUAUAUUAUUGAUAGAUUAUCUGUAGUAGUUAUAAAAAAGUACUAAAGUAGAGAUGUUAGAUAUCUUCAUGUUUUUGUUGCAACUCAGUACAGAUGUUUUUAACUACAGUUUUGAGAUAUUAUUGAUAGAUUAUCUGCUACAAUUUCUACAUAUAUGAUUCAUUUAUUUAUUUAUGAUUCAUUAUUUUAAAUAAUCAUAUUUUACUUCUAUUUACUUACCUUGUCAAAGAUUUUCUUUGCUCUUCAUUACCUAUAAUAUAUAUUUAUGUUCAGUUUAAUUCUCCACUCAAUUCAAUCUUUAUUUGGAAAUAAAGAUUGAAUUGACUGUAUUAUUCGUGUUAAUUAUAUUUUCAAAAAGCUGCAUCACUUCGCCGUGAUCCCUCGCAUAGGCCUAUAAAGUUGAUUCUAUCCUUUGGGUUUAUGUCAGGUUUCUAUAGCUUCUGACCAUACGAGCAUUGAAAGUUAAGGGGUUUAUGGGACGAAUUAUCGACUAGGGCCGUCCAUAGCUCAGUCGGUAGAGCACCGGGCUAGCAAUCCGGAGGUCUCGGGUUCGAAUCCCGAUGGAACCCCAUUUUCUUUGCUCUUUAUUACCUAUAAUAUAUAUUUAUGGUCAGUUUAAUUCUCCGCUCAAUUCAAUCUUUAUUUGGAAAUAAAGAUUGAAUUGACUGUAUUAUUCGUGUUACUUGUCAAAGAUUGGAAGGAACUUGAUUGAUGUAUGUUUUUGUUCCAACUUGGAUACAAGUACGUGUUUUACAACUCAACAGUUCUUGAAAAUUUUAUAGACUUUAUAUGAAGCGUAAUCUCAACUUGCCUUUACCAUAAACAUUGUGCUCGAACCUAAAACUCGUUAGUCAUAGUAGUUAUAAAAAAGUACUAAAGUAGAGAUGUUAGAUAUCUACAUGUUUUUGUUGCAACUCAGUAGAGAUGUUUUUAACUACAGUUUUGAGAUAUUAUUGAUAGAUUAUCUGCUGCAAUUUCUACAUAUAUGAUGCAUGUGUUUAGUUUUAAUGGUUUUAAAUAAUCAUGUUUUACUUCUAUUUACUUACCUUGUCAAAGAUUGGAAGAUUUAUGUUUUUGUUGCAACUUUGAUACAAGUACGUGGACAGUGUUUUACAACUCAACAGUUCUUGGAAAUUGUAUAGACUUUUUAUAUGAAGCGUAAUCUCAACUUGCCUUCACCACAAACAUUGUGCGUGAACCUAAAACUCGUUAGUCAUAGUUGUUAUAAAAGUACUAAAGUAGAGAUGUUAGAUAUCUUUGUUUUUGUUGCAACUCGAGUACAGAUGAUUUUCACUACAGUUUUUAUCAUGUAAAAUAUUAAGCAUAUAACUUUAACUUGCCUUUACUUCAACCAACCAUUCAGCCAUUGUGUGUGCUAAAACUUCAGGAAUCCCGUUACCUCAACCAACCAUUUAGCCAUUGUGUGUGCCAAAACUUAGUCAUGUUAGUAAGAAAGUACAUGAUUACAGAUGUUAAAACAUAUAUAUAUAUAUAUAUAUAUAUACAUAUCUCAAAAUAAACUUUUUAUAAUAUUAA